AUGUCUACCUCCGGCCGUAGGGUUGGUCUGAGCAAGAAUGCGAACGGCCCCUCACUGCUGUCGACAUAUCGCAACCGUAAAUCUGAAGUCCGUCCGAUAGAUGCGCCUCCUGAAAGCAGUAGCUCAGAUGAGGCUCAGGAGAAGAAUGCGUCCGACUCUUCAGAUGCUGGACUUGCUGGUCGUGGAAACAUCACUUCAACAAACUUCAUGAGCAAGUCUAGAGGCCGCCCUGCAACGGCACCAUCCAGGGUCGGCGGCGGGAAGGAACGAAGCAGCGGUGUACAGAGAUCAGCUGCAUCCUUCAAAGAUGGGAACAGGAAACGAGGUAGCCCAUCGUAUGAGGACCAGGAUGAGCUGAGCGAGCCUUCCCGACCUUCAAAGAAAACGAAGCCUGCUACCACACCACAAUCCAGUCUUGGAAGCCAUCUGGAGGAUGAACCUUUCAAGAGCCAAAGCAAAGGAGCUCGAUCGCGGUAUGGUGAAAAGAAGUACUCGAGCUCCCAGUCAAGCCAGGGUCGACGGGAAGGGCCUAAGGAGCCCAAGUCGAAGUUCAAGGUGCCUCGGGCAGCCACACCAGAUGAUCUGUCGCCCAGAAAGACGUUCAUCAAGCAUGAUGGGGCACGCCGUCGACCCAUGGUGUCACCCUCACCUGUGAAGGCCUUCAAAAUGCCCACUGCUGCCAUCGUCUUGUCUAGCGAGGAUAGCUCUAAGGAGGCUUUGCCUAGAAAGAAGAUGCUGCAGAAGCGGAAGAAGCAACCGGGUCAGCUGACUGCCCUCGAUGUUGAUGACAUGGAUGCUGGUGUAUCACAAAAAGCGGUCUUCAUCAUACCUGAAGAUAUAACUAUGGAUCUCGAAGAGCCGAUAGACGAGCUCAGCGCAAAAGAGAAGGACUCGGACGAGGCAAUGGGCCCUGAAUCGACAGAGCCAGCGGAGACCACGGUCCCGGAGUCAGUGUGCCCCAUGUGCAGCAAGCCGGUGGACGGGGCGCUGCUCAAGCAAUUCUCGAAACAAGCACGGAUGAACAUCGACCAGCAGAUGAGGUUCUGCGCUCUGCACCGCAAGAAGGAGGCCCGUGAGACUUGGGUAUCCAAGGGCUAUCCCGAUAUCGACUGGAGCACCUUUGAUCGCAGGAUAGCUAGCCAUCACCAGUUCCUCAAGGGCGUUCUCGAGGGCGAAAAGUGCUACUUCCGCGAUGCACUUGACGACAAGGUCAGGCAGGGCAAGGGCCGGACGCUCAAAAAGUCGGACGACAAGAUGACGCCGGGCUACUACGGUCCCCGCGGGCUACGGGUCAUGUCCGAGAGUAUCGUCAAGGACUUUUCAUCACUGCUGCGGAAAAGGGCCGUGGAGGACAGUCUUGUCUCGGCCAGGGGAUAUACUAGCUACGUGCAGACGGUCAUGGUGCCGGAGCUGGCCGUGCACCUCAUCAUGGAAGACAUGGAUGUGGGCAGGGACGAGGCCAGGAACAUCCUGUUCGACAGCUGCACCGUGGGCGAGCUCGUGAACGAAGACAUUGCCGAUGUUGUGCUCAGGGACAGGGGAAGUGACACCGACGAGUCGUCGGUGUUGUCAGAGGUGGAAAGCGAUGAUGAGUUCCCGCUAUGA